AUGAAAAAUGACAGUGGAAAAUGGAAUCAUCGUAGAUCAGGAAUAUUGGAUAUAGCAACAUCUUAUUACAAGAGACUAUACGAAAGUAACACAACAGAAGACGAAAUUGAUUUGGUGGAUACCUCAAACAUUCCUAACAUUCUUCAAGCUGAAGUCGAGAAAGCCAUAGAUACUCAAAAGGUAGAUAAAACACCAGGUCCUGACGGUAUAAGCAACGAAAUCUUAAGACAAGGAAAGGAAGUGUUAGCACCUGUCCUUACAAAUAUAUUUAACAAUAUUAUAAACACUGAAAUAAUUCCCCAGCAAUGGACAGAAUCUAACAUUAUCCUGGUGUAUAAGAAGGGAGAUAAACAUGAAAUCGGAAACUAUCGCCCCGUCAGUAUUAUGUCAAACAUCUACAAAAUCUUCGCUAAGAUGAUUUUAAAACGUAUUGAAAGAACGCGAGACGAACAACAACCCAUUGAGCAGGUGGGAUUUCGUAAGGACUACUCGGUGAUCGACCACAUCCAUGUAGUUCGUCAAGUUAUUGAGAAAUACAACGAAUACCAGCUUACAUAUUACAUUGCUUUUAUCGACUACAGCAAAGCAUUUGACUCUCUUCUACAUAAAAACAUAUGGGAAGCAUUAGUGGAACAAGGGAUUGAACUCAAAUACAUUCGAUUAAUAAAAAACGUGUACAGUCAUAGUACAGCCAGAAUCCAGUUAGAUAAGGCGACCCCCUUUCCCCAAAAUUGUUCUCUGUACUCAUCAAUUUUCAGAAAACUUAAUUGGGAAAAUCUUGGGAUCAAUAUAGACGGCACAUCACUGACGCAUUUAAGAUUCGCUGAUGACAUAGUGCUAUUCGCCAAAACACCUGAAGCCAUCAAUAAAAUGAUAGAAGACCUAUCGAUAGAAAGUGAGAGAGUAGGAUUAAAACUCAAUCCAGAGAAGACUAGAGUGAUGACAAAUGGAGAGAAAUACCGAAAUCAACUACACUGA